AUACGCUGCGCCAACUGGCAACCAUCAACAAAUCAGCUCAGCCGCUGCAGCCAUCGCAUCCUUAGCAAAAAGAGCCGCAAUUAAGUGAAAAUCCUCAUCAUGAAAUUCCUGUGUGUCUUCGUUGUGUUGGCCGUGUGCCUGACGGGCUGCCUGGCGGCCAUUGCUGAGCCCGCAGCAGCAGCAGCCGGAGCAGCGCCUGACGCCGAGCUGGAUUCGGCGCUGGGCGAGAAGAAGACGGAGAAGCGCGGCAUCUACGGCUUUGGCUAUGGCCAUUAUGGCCAUGGCUAUGGCGGCUAUGGACUGGGACAUGGACACUAUGGCGGUUAUGGUCUGGCCACGCCCUAUUAUGGCGGCUAUGAGUACGUGCAUCACGCUGCGCCCUAUUACGGCGGCCAUCAUGGCUAUUAUCCUUAUCAUCAUGGUCAUUAUGGUUACUAUUGAGCUUAACUGGGACCUAUGAUAUCGCAUUAUAUACUCAAACACUCAUCGCUACACAAUCAUAUAUAAAUAAUUUUUUUUUUUUAAUUUUUUUCAUGCGCUUCGAAUAAAUGUCCUUACAAAAUGCA